CCCAAUCGAUAUCAACUCUUGUUGCUUCACACAUUUUAUAACACAACCUCCUUUUCUUCUUUUCACUUUUCAUUAUCUAAAGAUCUACACCAAAAUGGUUGGAGAAUCAAGAAAAUGGAUGAUCCUAAUAGCAACAAUAUGGAUACAAGCAUUUACAGGCACAAAUUUCGAUUUCUCAUCUUAUUCUUCAACACUCAAAUCGGUUCUUGGGAUUUCUCAGCUUCAGCUCAACUAUUUGUCAGUCGCUUCAGAUUUGGGAAAGGCUUUUGGUUGGUGCUCUGGUGUCUUACUCCUCUAUUUUCCUUUGUGGGUUCUUAUGUUCAUGGCUACUUGCACGGGACUCCUUGGUUAUGGUAUUCAAUGGCUUCUCAUUCAAAAACUCAUCGUUUUGCCUUAUUUUCUGGUAUUUCUACUAUGCCUAUUGUCAGGGUGUAGCAUCUGCUGGUUCAACACAGUAUGCUUUGUUUUAUGCAUCAGAAAUUUUCCAACCAACAGGCCACUUGCAUUGUCCCUCACUAUCAGUUACAAUGGUUUAAGUGCUGCUCUUUACACUCUUAUAGCCAAAGCAAUAAACCCUGAAGAUGACACCAUUUACCUCCUCUUGAAUGCCCUUAUUCCUCUCAUCACAUCCAGUUUAGCACUCAUCCCAAUCCUCCGCCAACCUCCCUCGCAGCAACUCUCUACUGAUACCGCUGCCCGUGAUUCCUCCAUCUUUUUCAUUCUCAACAUUCUAGCUGUUAUAACUGGUCUAUAUCUUUUACUACUAAACACACUAUCCUCCGAUGCAUCAACUUCACGUGUUCUCUUUGUGAGGGCUCUAUUUCUUUUAUUCCUACCCUUGUGUUUACCUACCAUUGUCUAUGCUAAAAACUGGGCUUGUCGAAGCAUCCCCACAAGGUUCCAUUUUGACAGCCCAAGCUUCAAUUUGGUUGACAUCGACAACCUUCAGCUCCAUAAAGAGCUCAUUGGAAGUGAGCAAAGUAAUGCCUUAAAUAUUGUUGGUUCAUAUGACUCAACUGAGAAAGAAGAAUAUUUUGGAAAAGUGGUGGAGAAGGACAGGUUAAUAUUACUGGGUGAAGAACACCUAGCAAGAUUUCUAGUGCGAAAAUGGGAUUUCUGGCUUUACUAUUUAGCAUAUUUUUGUAGUGGGACAAUUGGGCUGGUUUAUAGUAAUAAUUUAGGGCAGAUUGCAGAGUCACUUGGAUACUAUUCCCAGCUAAGUUCUCUCAUUACACUCUAUUCCACAUGUUCAUUCUUCGGUCGUUUGCUCUCAGCUGCACCUGAUUUCCUACAUGGCAAGGUGGAUUUUGCAAGGACAGGUUGGCUAGCAGUCGCAACACUAGCAACACCUAUUGCUUUCUUUUUGCUAACUGCAUCAGGCAGUGAGGUCAUAUUGCGCACUUCAACAGGCCUGAUAGGGCUAAGCUCUGGAUUCAUGUUUUCUGCAGCUGUAUCAAUCACAUCAGAGCUCUUUGGACCAAACAGCGCCGGCAUCAACCACAACAUCCUCAUCACCAACAUCCCCAUUGGAUCACUCCUUUAUGGCCUUCUUGCAGCUCAAGUCUAUGAUGACAAUGCAGGAAGUUCAAUACAGGAAAGCUUGAUGCAUGAAGCAUCAGUGUGCAUGGGGAGGCAAUGUUAUCUGAAGACAUUUAUAUGGUGGGCAUGCAUUUCCUUGUUAGGCCUUUUUUCCAGUUCUGUACUUUUCCUAAGGACCAGGCCUGCCUAUGACCGAUUAGAAAGGAAUCGCAGUUUUCUUAGCUUGUACACAUAACGCCAAAUUUGUAUAACUUAAUUUCAAUAUCAAUAGCAAAAGA